AUGCACGCGGUCAUUGCUGCCACGGCUCUUCUUGCCUGCCUUAGCCACGCAGCUCCUCACCAAUCUCAUCCCCAACCCCAAGACGACAUUGACCUCAAUUCCCUGGCACAGCACCAUGGGAAGCUGUGGUUUGGCACCGCGGCCGAUAUCCCUGGAACAGGCGAGACGACUGACCCUGCGUACUUGAAUGUCUUGCAGAAGAACUUUGGCGAGAUUACGCCCGCCAAUGCCAUGAAGUUCAUGUACACAGAGCCCGAGCAGAACGUGUUCAAUUUCACCGAGGGAGACGCCUUCCUACAUGUGGCUGAGAAGUACAAUGCUCGUGUACGCUGCCACAAUUUAGUCUGGGUGAGCGAGCUUUCAGACUUUGUUACAUCGACAACUUGGACAGCCGAAGCUCUCAAGAAGGUGAUGAAGAACCAUAUCUACAAGACUGUUCAGCACUAUGGUCGACGCUGCUAUUCAUGGGAUGUGGUCAACGAGGCCCUGAAUGGCGAUGGGUCAUUUUCCUCGAGUGUCUGGUACGAUACCAUUGGAGAGGACUAUUUCUACCUCGCCUUCCAGUAUGCUCAGCAGGCUCUGGCGGAGAUUGGCGCCCAUGACGUGAAGCUCUAUUACAACGACUACGGUAUUGAGAACCCCGGAACCAAAGCAGAUGCCGUUCUCGGCCUCGUCAGUAAUCUACGCAAGCGUGGAAUCCGGAUUGAUGGUGUUGGUCUUGAGUCGCAUUUUAUUGUUGGCGAGACACCUUCCCUUGCUGAUCAGCUUUCCACCAAGAAAGCUUACAUCAAGGCUAACUUGGAUGUUGCUGUGACUGAGCUCGAUGUUCGCGUUGCCGAGGCUCCUUUCUACACUGAAAGUGUUCAGCAGCAACAGGCCGCUGAUUACUAUACCAGUGUCACCAGUUGCAUGCAGGCUGGACCCCGUUGUAUUGGUGUGGUUGUUUGGGACUUUGAUGAUGCUUAUUCUUGGGUGCCGGGCACAUUUGGGGGUCAGGGUGCUGCUGAUCUCUUUAACAGCACUCUGCAGGCUAAGCCGGCUUAUUAUGCGGUUGCAGAGGCCCUGCAGGGAAAAGCUUGCAGUGUAUGCUGA